CUAUAAACCACAUUGGCUGAUCCCAAGUCAGCUGCUGCGGACCUGACAGAGGACAGGAGGGAGACACAGAGACAGAGAUGUUGGGAUAAAAGCGGCGGCUCAGCAGCAGCGGGACUCAGCUGGAUCCACGGAACCUGAACGAACCACAGACCGGAUCCUGCCCGACUCUACCGGACCCACCUGCCCGGCGCGGAGCGACUCUGCCCGGCCUGACGUGCCGCUGCGGCUCGGAGCGGCGGAGCAGGAGGAGCUGCAGGCGGAGGAGCAAGCCGUAGAUGUGACCCGCCUCCUCUGACCCUCUGAAGGAAGUUGUCAUCACAAUUGAAUCAACACUUCCCCUCAGCUCCGCCCCCAGUGCACCAUGGGAUUUGCAGUCCUUUCCACUCUCCUCCUGGUCCUGGUGACAUCAUCAGUGUGUGCUGCAGUGGGCGGGGCCAGUCUGGGUGGUGCCGUGCUGUGUCCUCUGCAGUGUGUGUGUGAGACAAGACCCUGGUACACGCCACAGUCUGUGUAUCACCAGGCCAGGACGGUCGACUGUAACGAGCUCCACCUGCACAGAGUCCCCGCCAACAUGUCAGCUGACACACAGGUGCUGCUGCUGCAGAGUAACAACAUCUCCUCCAUCACCACUGAACUGCAGAGUCUCACCAACCUGACAGAACUGGACCUGUCACAGAACCACUUCACACAGGUGAGCUCUAUGGGUCUGUCCUCUCUGGGCCGGCUGGUGACUCUGUACCUGGAGGAGAACCACAUUGAGGAGUUGGAGGACUUCAGUCUGAGGAACCUGUCCAGUCUGGAGGAGCUCUACAUCAACCACAACCACAUCUCCUCCAUCGGACCCAAAGCCUUCACUGGACUCACCAACCUGUUGCGGCUCCACCUGAACUCCAACCGGCUGGUGGCCAUUGACAGUCGCUGGUUCGAGUCCCUGCCGUCCCUGGAGAUCUUGAUGAUCGGCGAGAACCCGAUCCUGGGUCUGGAGGAGAAGAACUUCCUGCCUCUGUCCCGCCUCCACAGCCUGGUGCUGGCUGGGAUGGGUCUGGUCUCCGUGCCCGCCGCCGCCUUCCUGGGCCUCGACUACCUGGAGAGCCUCUCCUUCUACGACAACAGGCUCAGGUCGGUCCCUCGGGACGCUCUGAGCAUGCUCCCUAACCUCAAGUUCCUGGACCUGAACAGGAACCCGAUCAGCCGAGUCCAGCAGGGAGACUUCCAGAACCUUCAGCACCUGGAGGAGCUCAGUCUGAACAACAUGGAGGAGCUGCUGAUGGUGGAGCGAGCUGCUUUCCAGAACCUUCCAGAAAUCGCCAAACUGGAGCUCUGCAGCAACCCACAGCUGUCCUACAUCGACCCGCAGGCCUUCAGUGAGCUCUCCUCCCUGCGGACGCUCCUCCUCCACAGUAACCAGCUGAGCCUCCUCUCUGGAGACGUCCUGUCCUCCCUGCCGUCCCUGGAGGAGGUGUCUCUCCACUCGAACCCUCUGCGCUGUGACUGUCUCUCCUCCUGGGGGCCUCACCUCGGCAACCAGUCGCACCUCAAGAUGCUGGAGUCCUCCAUCACGCUCUGCUCCUCCCCGCCUCACCUGGUUGGUCGAGAGCUGCAGGAGGUGGUGGGGGUCGGAUGGGGCGGGGGCGGAGCUAACAGCUGCCUGCCUCACAUCUCUCCUCACGCCUUCCCUUCCACCAUGAACGUCAGCGCCGGGCAGCCAAUCACACUGGAGUGCUGGGCAGACGCUGACCCCGCCCCCCAGUUCUACUGGGUGACGCCCACUGGAGACAAGGUGAGCUCUGAGGCCCUGGCUGCACCAAUCAUAUCAGAGGAGGGGCGUGGCCUGAGCAGGAAGAAGAAGAAGCAUCGAAUGUCAGAGCCUGGAGCGUUGGUGAUCGAACACGCCGAGCCGUCAGACACAGGUGUGUACACCUGUGUGGCGUGGAACACGGAGGGCGCAGACACGAAGAGCGUCUCAGUGUUCGUGGACUAUCAGGGGUCAGUGGGCUUGUGGUUGGGCGGGGGCACGAGGUGGGGUGGUGAGCCCAGCAGAGAGCAGCCCUGGCUGGGGAACUCGUCCAGCGCUGCAGCCUCUCUGGUGGUGCUGGCGAAGGUGGUGCACGCCCAGUCGGUGGUGCUGGAGUGGAAGUUGUAUCCCAGCGGAGGAGCUUCGUCUGCAGGAGAGAACCAACAGGACGCCCCCCUCCCUCUGACCCGGUGGAGCAGCGCCACCGUGCACAUCGACAAUCCUCAGAUCAGCUACACCGCCAAGGUCCCAGUGGACGUUCAGGAGUAUAACCUGACUCACCUCCUUCCUGCCACUGAGUACCACGUCUGCCUCACCGUCUACUCCUCCUCCCCCUUACCCUCCUCCUCCUCCCUCAGCUCCUCCCCCACUCCCAUCACUCCCUCCUCUCCCUCCUCCCCUUCCUCCCCCAUCCACACUUCCUGUCUGAACGUCACCACUAAGGAGGCAGGUUUCUCGGUGGAGUUGGUGGCGUCCCGGCGCAGCAGCGUGGCGUUAGCGGCGGUGAUGGGCUCCAUGUUUGCUCUGUCCAUCAUGGCGCUGCUGGUGGUGUACAUGGGCCGCCGCGUGCAGCAGCACAAGUCCUGCGGACACUCGCUGAAGAAGUACAUGCAGCACGCCACCUCCAUCCCCCUGAACGAGCUGUACCCACCACUCAUCACGCUGUGGGAGAGCGAGGCCGAGAAGGACAAGGAGGACAAGGAGCAGGAGGAGAGGGAGGCGGGGGAGAGGGGGGAGGAGGCAGGGGGGAGUCAGAUCGACACCACAAAGACUUACAUGUGGUAGCUGGAGGAGGAGGAGGAGGAGGAGGAGGGAGGCAGGGGGCGGAGUUUAACUGACAGAGAGACGGACACUCGAGGGUUAAUGGAGGAAAGAAGAGGAGCGGGAUGAAGGUUAGCAGAAGACAAGGAGAGGUCACAUGACUCAGCGAGGAGCCUGACAGACAAACAGAGGGAAACAAACGUCCACGCUGUCAAUAACAGUGAGAGGUCACAUGAUCGUCAGGUGGAUAAAAACUGUUAAAGGAACAUUCUGGUGUUUUGUCAUGUUUUAGCCCUUUAAAUGGAUCCCUGCUGUCAGCGUCCGUCACGUUACAGAUAAUCAGUCCGUCAGCCUUCAGUUCACUUUAUUCAAACAGCCUGAUUCAAACUCUGAUGAUGCGUUUAAAGUCACUUUAUUCAUGGUGACCAAAGUUUAUAUAAAAAUAAGAACAUAGAUUUAAUAAGCCUAAGGGACUGUUCUUUAUUUAUCAGAGGAGGGGGUGGCUGGGUGUGACCCUCCCUCCUUCAUAAAUGAGUUAUUAGAUUUUUAAAACUCUUAAAACCCUUUGAUGUUUGAAAGUUUAAAGUUGCAGAUGAAAUCCUGGAGUUGGAAAAAGUCUCAGUUUCUCACUCUUGUUGUGUGAACAGUUUAUUUUUUGACACAUUUUUAAUGAAAAAUAGAAUAAAUAGAUUUUGUUGAAGGGUCACUAUUUUAAGAUCACAUUUGUUAAUUUGUUUUUGUUCUGAUGGAAGCGUUCUUCACACAUGAUGUGUUCAAGGACUGUCAGAAAUGUGAAAAUCCAACAAUAAUUUCUGUUGUUUUUUUCUGGCUGUGAUAAAUGGUGUAAUGGCAUUUUUGGCAAUUUUUAAAGAAAACAUGCCUUCUAAACCCCAGCGGGUUUUAAAGGAAACAGAAGUUUUUAACAAACAAGCUCUCUUGUUCUCUUUAGAUGUCACAAAAAAAGCUAAAAUUUUUCAAAACAUUUUCUUUAAAAAUUGGUGGUAAAAUAAAUAGAAAAUACAGCCAUUUGUAUGCUCCUCCUCUAAGCCAAAAUAAAAACACAUAAGCCCCUCCCUCGUGAUUAAAAAACUAUUUGACACGCCUCCUCCCUUUUUUUGCAGCACCUCCUCCCCCCUCAUAAAUAAGGAACAGUCCCUUUGUGGAGCCCAGUUCAUGAUAUAGUUCAGAGAUCAACAGUGUUUGUCUUUAACGUCAACUUUGUUGAAGAAAAUCUGUUUAUUAAAGAACUGCAACCUGAAAGAUAAAAAAUAUAAGAAAAAAACAUUGGUAAAAAUUUUACAUUCCAAUAAUUUACAAGUAUUUGUUAUAUAAAAAUAAAUGUUUACAGUACACAAGAGCCACUGCUGCUCGGUUUAAAGGCUCCCUGUGGAGCUGUUUCCAUGAACAAGCCCUUGUUUGAUUUAUAGCAGUGGUUCCCAAACUUUUUACACUGCGUCCAACUUCAGAAAAUAUUUAUACAGGAAUUAUUUAAUGGUUUUGAGAUUUAAAACCAUUUAUUAAAAAAUGUGAACUCUUCUAUAUUUUAUUUAGUGAUUAUGAUUUCUAUAAAAUGUAGCGGAAGACUUUUUGUCACUAAUUUUAACCUUUAUUUAUAAUUCAUCCUGAAUUUCAGAGCUCAGAGGGUUACAUUUUUUCUGUAUUGAACUCGGUCAACUAAAGUAAAAAUCAAAAUACAUUUACACUCGUACAUUUUGUAUCCAACACCAUGAAAAUAAACAGGACAGAGGUGUAACAGCCAAAUAACAAAACUGCAAUUCGUGACUGACAUCCAAUCAGAUUAUAAUAUCCAGUGAUAACAUUAGAUUAUAAUUUUGGUGUUAAGAUUUAUAGUCAAUAGGAUUUGUGUUUAAAGGGCUGAAAAAUUAAAAACACCACUAAGUUUCUUCUUCUGUUUCUAAUGAGCUCACAGUUUCAGUUGUUAUUCUGUCUGAGGUUCAGUUGACGUCCUGACGUCCUGAGGAUCUGACUGAGACUUUAACAGAAGAGGUCAGCUCAAUGUGUUUCUCCAGGUGUGGGUCGGAGCCGCAGGUUCAAACAGGACGACUCGUCCUCCAGCAGCUGAACAGACUCCAGAUGAACUGUUGAGCAUCUCUCCUCUCUUCCGUCCUCCUCCGUCCAUCUCUGUCUGCACACUGACAGGAGCUGGAUUGUUAAAGAAAAUCUAAUUAUUGUAAUUAUGUUCAUCUGAUGAACCUGAAUGCAGCACUAACUCACUGAGCACAGGCAGCCACGUGGAUGAUCUCACUCUAACAGUCGUCAGAGGAACUUAAAGGUCCCGAGUUCAAACCAGAGUUCAAAUGUUUCAAGAAAAUCAGAUUGGAUUUUUAUUUUACACCACACAGACAGGUCCACAAACUCCCUCCAUAUUUAUAUUUAUUAAUGAUUCUAUGAGCUGCAGUAACACAGACCUCCGACACAUCAAACUGUACGCAGAUGACACCUUGUUUUGCACAAAGAAAUUUAAAAACAUAUACACAUAUUUAUUGAACAACAGUUUACUUCCUGUUGUGGAGAUGAGUUAGCAGCCUGCAGGAGACACACAUAAACAUGUUUACAAAGACUUUAUGAGUGACACAUUUAAUGUUUUAUACUUUUCACUUUAUGGGAAAGAGAAACACUGUCACUGUAAACAGCACAUUUAUAUCAGUUCAGCAGCGUUUCCUGUCACACGCCGCUCCUCCGUCCUGUUUACGUUCUCCUCACCUGCUCCUCACCUGCUCCUCACCUGCUCCUCACCUGCAGCCUGAAACAGUCUGAGUUCAGCUUUGACCUCGGGACCUUUAACCUUCCACUAAUUUCACUUUACUUGACACGCUGUCUUCAUCAGCGCAGCAUGAAUGCAUCACUCUUUUGUUUUAUUCUACGUGUUCUGCACGCAGUUGUCGUCAUGGUGACGGUCCUCCUCCAGGUCAAAGCUCCGUCACAGAUGACACUGUUCUGUCCAUGAGGAGCACUUUAUGGACACCUUCUGCACGGACACUGACACUGACCACGUCGUUCUGAUAUCUGUUUUAUAUCCUGAGACACCGAGCUCCUCUGGGGUGUGUCACGGUUUAGCUGUUGAUGUGGUUGCACUGGGAGGUGGAGGAGGUGGGGGAGGUGGAGGUGCUGCAUGCCUUUGCACUCAUAUUUAGGACUGUUUAUAUAAAACCACGUCUGUGUGACGACCUGCAAACUGUUCGGAUCAGUCAGAGAGAAUUCAGUUCUUCCACAGUCACUCUGAACACCAAAGACACUGGACGUGAUGUCAUCAGAAGAUUUUAAGAUCUCAGAGAAAUAAGAUCAGUGUCAGUUAAAAACUGACGAGUCGGGACAGGAAAUUAAUUAAGAAUUAAUUAACAAUUUUAAAUCAUUUGUUGUUUUCUGUCUCAUGUCACAGUGAAGUGAAUCUCUUUGGGUUUCACACAAAAACUAAACAUCUGAGAUGUCGACUGGAUUUUUGCAUUUUCACUUUUUUGUAGAUUAAAAUUUAUUAAUCUGAAAAAUUAAAGACAACAAGAGUUAAUGAAUGUCUGCAAGUUUAGUUUUUCUCUUUGGUGAUGGAGCGUCGACAGAAAGUCAGAGUUUAGCACAAAUAGCUGAUGUUAAUGGGAUCACUGGGAUCACUGGGAUUCAGAAACAGUUUAAAGUCUUUAUAAACAUCAGAUUCUGAGUUAUUUUAGACUCGUCACGUGUUGAUCUGUCAGUUUGCAGGUUUGUCGUUCAGACUUUCAGCCAAAUAUUCUCUCAACUGUCUGUCAACCAAAAGACUUCAGGAACAAACACUCAAAGGAUGCUGUGGGCAUUUAAAGAUUAUAUUCUGUAAAUAUAUUUACAUAACGCUGAAGAUGUUCUCUGGUCGCACCGUCUGCGCUGAGAGGAGCUCCUCUGUCUCUCUGUCCUCUGUCUCUCUGUCCUCUGUCUCUCUGUCCUGUCUCUCUGUCCUCUGUCUCUCUGACGGUCCAAACUAAAUGUUUAAAGACGUCACUGACUAAAACACAGAAAAUAAUGUGGAGAUAAACUGAUAAACAGUGACCAUCAGUGUAAGACAGAGCGGCAGAGGCGGUGCCCUCUGCUGGCGACCAGAGUGAACAAUGACAUCACUCUCCUCAUGUCACUCAAACUAAACUUGACAGUAAUAUGCAGGGUAUUUUGUAUAAAGUGUAUCACUCUAUAUUUGAAGACAACUAUUAUUAUUAUUAUUAUUACUCAACACUGAGCACCAACUGUAACUAAAGAUGUGUGUGUGUGUGUGUGUGUGUGUGUGUGUG